CUGAAAACGGUUUGUUUUCACCGAGAGGAAGAAGCGUCGCUUAUAUUCGCAGCUGCUACCUCGUCGCUUUAAUAAACGGUUGUGGCAUUUCGUUUACGUCUGGUUGGUUUUUCGACAGCAGCUUUUGCCGUUUUUAGCUCGCCAUGGCUCUGUGCGGGGGUGUCGGAGCCAUGGCUUUGCCCAGCGAGCUUAUUGUCCACAUAUUCUCCUUUCUGUCCGACCGAGACAAGCUCCGGGCCUCGGCUGUGUGCUCUCGCUGGAGGGAGUGUCUGUUCUACCCCGCGCUGUGGACCGAGCUCAAACUGCGAAUAGGUGGCGGUGGAUGCUCCAGCUCCGACGAAACCCCAAAGCUUGAGUUCCUUAUGCGAAAGUUUGGCUCUUUUGUGCGAGAGUUGCAGCUGGAGCUCGCACCGGUGGAAGGAAACCUUAGCCAUCUGAACAGCGACCCGUCGUCCGCCAGGAUGGACCAGCCUCCGGGUCCCGAUAGCGACGCGCAGCACAAGGAGCGAUGGAGGGACGCCGUGGCCACCUACUUGGACCAGGUGUUAUGUGUGUUCACCAGCAUCCGAAACAAUAGAAAUCUGCAGAAGCUGAGUCUGUAUGGAGACACCUUCAUUCUCCAGCAAGAGGGACUACUAGACAGCUCUCACCUGCAUCUAAUCCACCAGGGGGACAAAAAGAUCAAUGAAAUCCAACAGUUGUUUAUGGAGGUCCUCUCCAACAGCAGGCAGCUGAGGUGGCUGUCUUGUAGCUUCAUGCUGGGCCUGGUGACUCCCUGUUCUUUAUCCUGCCUGUCCAAUCCUUCAGCUGAGACCCUGCAGCACCUAAGUUUACUGGACCAUCAGCUAGGGCCCCUCGUCUCCCCAUCUGAGUUGGAUCGCCUCUCUAACCUUCAUUCUCUGGCUCUCGAUUUUACUGACUUUACAUCUGAGCUUUGUGGUUUGCUGGCAUCUCCACGGCGAACUCCACUUCAUCGCCUCUCCCUGCUGCUCAACGGGGCCACCCUGGAGUUUAAAUCAUUAGAAGGGACCGCUACAGAGGAUAACUGGAAGGCACUGGUUCGUGUAAGCGCCAACCUGCGAGUGUACGUCAUGGCCCUGGAGGUCGACAGCUCUGAGCUCCUCAGGGUCCUAAAGCCGAGCCUUCCCCUCGAGCGACUUCACCUCGACAGUUACAGCAUGCCGGUGACCGAUGCCACACUGGAGCUCAUCUCCCAGCAGUACAACAAAACGCUGACUCACUUCCUUCUCCUGAGGGAUGGCCCUGACUUCCCUGACCUCAGCAUCAAUCGUAACGAAGACCCUUUGGUCCUCUUGGCAUGGAGAUGUACUCAGCUGGCUGUACUCGUGAUACAUGGUUACACUGUGUGGUCCCAUAACUUGGUGGCCAUCUCCCGGCUGCGAGGGUCCAGUCUCCGUGUCCUGACCGUCUCCGAGGAUAGCAUCGACUUUGAUCCAGACCAGUCGGUGUGCAUGGAGGGCGACCCGGUCCACAACCUGGUCAAGGAGGUUUCUCUGGGCCUCGGCCGUGUCUGGCAGCCUUGCCUGGAUUCCAGCGUGUUUUUGUCCGAACCCACCCAGCACUUCCACCAUGAGCUGCGCGCCUUCAGCAUGGGCAUGUAGACAGAGGAUGGAAAACCCAAGACAUCACAGCCUAAACUGUGUCAAGACCAGACCAGACCAACAGAGUGCAAGACCAAACGAGAAAUCUAAAGUGGAGUUUAAGAAUGGUUUAUAAAUUAUGUGAGCUGACGUGAGCUGAUUGUUUUUAUUUUUUAAAAAUUUUUUUCCACAAUUAAGUCUGACCAUUUUUCGACGUUGUCUUGCUUUGCUACUCUUAUUAUCCAGUUGGCCAGUCGCUUGAAAAAUGGAUUCAGCUUCUGAUGUUUUAAAUAUAUGUAUAUUGCAGAUAGGAGUAUUAACUUAAAACUGGAUUGCUAAUUACAAUCUGAAAAGCAUUAGGUUUGAAUAUCACACAGAGAUCUGACAGCUGGCAGGACUUCACAGGUUUUAGUUUGUGGGUCAGCGUGCGGCUUCCGCUCGGCUCAGUCUGGUCUGGUCUUGCCCACAAGUAUUCAGAGCUCUCUCCUUCACCUUAAUAACCUCUGGAGCAUCUGUGUAAUGUACCUUUUGAUUUGUUUCUUUGGUCUUUGUUUUUUAAUUUGACUGUUUCCAUCCCUCCUUGCUCUUUGUAUAACCCAGUUGGGGUUUCUUUUUCCUUCUUCCUGCUUGGUGGUUCCCUUGCCUGUAUUGGCUUUGUGUAUUUAAAUACAGAUAUAUUAUUAUCCUGCUCACUACUAGAACAGGACAGGCAGGCGGGUUGAGUGAUGAACUGUAGGGAUUUAAGAAGGGUUGUGUGUUCAGCCACAAGCUAUUAGCUUUAGUUCUUUUCUUUUUUUCUUCUUUUUUUUAAUCUUUUUAAACAAACCAUUGCUGUGUGUCCAUCUGUCUGGAGUCUAUAAACUUACUGAUCAGUAACUUCCUGGGUAACACAACCAUAGCUGCUUCUUCUGUCGCUCUGAAAGAGCAUCUCGUGCACUUGUCCACUAGUUCAAGAGCCUUGCCAGCCGGGUGGGAAACGCCACUGUGAAAUGGCUGUGGCUGCUGCUAGUGAGUUUUAAUGUAACAGCCGUGUCAGCGCCAUGACUGAUGAUUAUUGAGGGGGGGUCGACUCAAAGCCAAAAUAGUUUAGGGGUUUUGAGAUCCUUACCAAUGGUGUUGAGGAGAAUAUUGUUACAUGCUUGUCGCCAACACACUUUGCACCCUGCUCUCUUGUUGACUUUCUAGGGAAACCUCAGCGUCAGCUAAAUGGGAAGCCCCGUAUUCUGACUCACUUUCAGGGCCAAACUACAAAAUUCAGCUCAUCACAAAACGACAACUAGAAAAUCUUUUUCUACUUUCAGGAUGAAUAUCUCUGCCUUUCUGAUUUCAGAGCCUUCCAGUUGUUUGUAAGAAUGCAGAAGGGACGCAUGACACAAAGUCAAAAAUCAUGAAGCUGGAGGGCUCUGAGGUCAAAAACAUCUUCAAGUUGUCCUUCAUAUUUUUUAAUUUUUUUUUUAAGAGAAAAUGGGGUUUUGUUCCAUAAUGCCAUAUGUAUAUUUGUGAUUUAAGUAAUCUCUUUUGUAACAGCUUCCAAACUCUUGGUUAGGCCAUGUUAGAACAGCAGCAGUAUUCUGCAGGAGCAGCUUCCACACAGGUCAUGGCAGCAGUACUGUUGGUAGGAAGAGCUCUUCUUUCUUUUUGAGGGGGAACAAAUCAUGAUUGAGAGCAAGGAGGGGGGGAAUGGGUGCAUUGAAUGUAACUUAAUUCAUUUCUGACGCUGUUGGCCAGCCAUUGAAGGCUUACUGUAUAACUAUUGGAAGCAGAGGUUUGGCAGAUCUUGCUGAAUAGCUGAGUUUUAACAUUGUCGGUUUCACUGACAGCCAAGACUGCUCUUCUUUUCUUUUUCUUUUCUUUUCUUUUUUUUUCCCCCUUCUUCCUCUUCCUCCUUCAAUGCAGCAGCACAGUAAGGUUUCGGGUCAUGUGACGAAAGCUGCUUCUGUCAGUCUCAGGUAGGCUUUUAAUGUCUCUACGACCAGCAGUGGUGGCAAUGUUGUGUAGCUUGUGUGAAACAAUCAGUUAAUGUGAGUAGAACUUUUGUUUUUAUUUUAUUUUCUUUGGAUUAUUUCCUCUUGAGUCACAGUUGCCUUUUGAAACAGCCCCUUGUUUUCUGGCUACAGUUGUUAUUGAUGUUGUUGUUUAUCUUGCCAUCCGAUAGACCCUCAGUCGGAGGGGUCAGCAAACCUAAUCAUACAUUUGUUUUCAAAGAUUAUGGUUGAUAAAGACUAAAGAAUGGUACAACCAUGCUGCUUGCUGCACGUGUCUUAUAUCUUCAGUAGAUGUGAGGGACUGAGAGGCUGUGGGGUGGUUCAAAUGAAUCUAUGCUGUCAAUAGGGGACCUGCUGGGCCCAAUUAAUGUUUGAACUGAUGGUCGGUCAUCUGAGGGUGAAAUGCUUUGGCCCUGUGGGUCUGGCUGAGCUUGUCCUCAUUCAUUCACAAUUGCAUGACUUUGAUUAAGUCAGUGUCUUUACUUGUCUGCUUUCAAGUGAAUGCGAUCACUUUAAUACAUGAAAUGAAUGUUAACAGCUAAAGCAAGGCACCAUAGACCAAAUGACUCCAGAUAGACACGGGCACCAUCAGUUGAUUACUGGGCCCAAUAUGGCAGUGUGAUCCUACAGUGUUGUGACUGCUGAGUGGUUAUGAGGUCCUAUUGGGGAGUUUUCUGAGCUGAGUUGAGGUUUUAACAGGAAAAAUGGAAGUUGGGUUGGACUUAAAUGCACCCAACUUUCGUGCGUAAACGAGCCACUGUCAGAAAAGCUGCCCACCCAAAUGGCUUCAGCUCAGGCAUGGAUUUGUAAAGGUUGAUGACAAUGGCACUGCACACUGUAAAGGUCCAUAUCAGGGUCUAUAGUUUACAGUGUUGACCUUAGUGAUUUUAUUCUCUUCCCCAUGGACUGAUAUGGAACCAGUGUGCCAGCACUUUGCUAGUUUCAGAAUGAAUUCAUCGCAGCGACCGGCCCCGGAUACCAAAUGUUUGCUUGUCUGUUUAAGGGGACCUUGGUGGUUUAGCCAUGAUAAUCUCUAUAGUCCUUGGUUCAUAUCUCAGGAUAAAUGCACUUUGAUACCAAGAGUUUCUUUUAAAGGCUGUUUGUGGUUGUAAAUAGCGCUGUACACUCAAACACUCAGAGGGGAAACGUACCAACAUCACACAUUCAGACCAAAACGUGUUGGUUUUUAAUGUCAUCUUCCUCCACGCUCCUCCUUCUUUCUUCUUUUUAAAAUCUCUUUUAUGUGAAAGAUGUUAAAGCUGUUAGAGCUUCGUAUUGUUCGUAGAUGUCAGCCAGGUAAGAGGUGUAAAAAUCACGGCAGUGUUUAGUAGAAUGUAAUGUCAAAGUAAAUGGUCACCUCAAAUAAGCAAGUAGAUUUUUAAGAAGCUGUUCCACUCUCGUUUCGUCAUCAGUUUUCUGUCUUCACAAGUCUCUAGUUUUUAUUGGCUUCAUGCUAGAACUUAGAUUUGGCUGUUUAUCUGCCAAAAUUAAAGGAAGGAAUGGUGUUUUUACCAGAGAUUAAGCUCCGAUAAUCAGAAUUACAGUUCAGAUUUGUUAGCUUGCUGAAAUACUUAUACCACAAAACUAGAAAUGGGAAAAAAACUAUUUUAGUGAAGGCACGUGUAGAGAAAUCCUGGUUUAUCCUUCCAAGGAGACAAGAGGUCAAACAGAAGUGCAACCAGUCCAGCAUUGUGGCCAAUAGCUAAAUAUUGAGCCAUCUUGUGCCUGAAAGCCUCUGAAGUCUCACUGCUUUUCAAACCUCACCUGUCAGCAAAAUAUUGGCUUUGUUAGGUGUUGCAGCUGUUAUUAUAAGUUCAGUUUUUAAUCGUUAACAGCUGCAGUGAUGAAGGUUUCGGCAGUCAUCGUGUUUUGAUUCCUCUCGGAUCCUGCCUUCAUUUUUCUGCUCCGCUUUUCACGUGUAUGCAGUAGAAAUAUGUAAAUAAGAUGUUUUUGGCUGUGCAGUCCCAUGCACUGUAUGCAUGCCUGUGUGUAUUUGUAUUUGUAGGGGAGAGGGGGAGGCUUGCUCGUGUUCACCAGUGUAGUCUUAUCACUUCUUCUGCAGUGGGAAACGGGAACAGAAAUCGUUCGUUCUCAGGGUUCAAUCGGUUUUUGGAAAAGGAGGACGACGAUGGAAACCUCAGGCCUGAAGCUGAAAGAAUAUUAGGAGUCACUGGAUCUGUUCUCCACCCUUGCUGUGUUCUUAGCUGCCAAAGACCACAGAGGAACAAACUUAACCCAGACACAAGUCUAUCUGAAGUGCCCACGAAGACACACGCUGACUGGAGGCUGGUCCAGUAUUGUUUUCUCCUUUAAACCUCCUACUAUUCUGAUAUUUCUCCACUCCUUUUUUUCCUAUGUUUAUUCCACUGACUAUUAAUAGUCUGUUUGGUGUCAAACUCUCCCCUUCUUACACUUUGGACCAUACUGUGGACGUGAUAAAAUGUCAACAGUCUCGCCAUGUGGUUGGAGUGAAUGCAGACCUAAGAGCAAAAGGCUUCCUGUCUGGUCAUUGACUGUGCCCUGUGUUUAGAAACACAAGAAUAUGGGUUUUUAAGGCAUUAUUGGAUCAGCGUUGCUGCACAUCUUGUACAGUGUUACCUCUAAACGGCACUCAGGGUCUACAGUGCAUGUUGCUUAAAGUCCAGUCCAGUGCAGGACACUCCUACAGAGGCUUAAGCAGAGUGAUCUGGAGUUUUCCUCCUCCUUUCUCUCCCCUGUCCAUCGUCUGUUUCACUGUGAGGAACGAGUGAAUGUAAAACUAAGAAGGUUCAAUCUCAGUAAAGUCAGGGACUAAACACUCUCGCAGAUGCUUCCAGGAGGAGUUACACCCUGAAAGACAGCAGAGUGAGGACAAAGGCCCGUGUGUCUUAUGUGAUGUGGUGUUUGGCCGGUAAGCCUGUAGCCAAGGUCAAGUUUGAGGGGAAGUGUUUAGUCCUGAGCUACAAAGUGAUUUGCUGCUAGAGAUCUUCUAGGAACAGGACAUUCCACGCAGGUGUCACUCAGGCCGUCUGACAAGCAAACAGUUUACUGCUCCAAGGUCUGCAAGAAGAUUACUCUAUCUACAGAUAAACUAUAUUUUUUACUUUGAAUGGUCUGUGUGUGAAGAGAUCAGAGAUGCAUCUAGAACUGAAGAGUCACACCAGAUUAGCAGCUGGUCUGAGCAGAGUGGAGGUGUGAUAACAGUUAGAAAUGGUUUUGAAGGGUGUUGUUCAUUUCAGGAGGUAAAUUGAGUUUCUAAUGUGUGUUUCUGCGAUGCCAUGCUUCAGCAUCCUGAGGCCAUAUUGUGUCCGGUACACAAAGUCACAAAGGACAGAGGGGGGGGGGGAACAAAAGCAACUUGACUAUCACAGUGCUAAAAAAAGAGGGCUGUGGAAUCAGGUGGUUUCACAUGUUGAGUCAGUCUGGCAGGUCAAGAACAGGACUACGUGUUAAGGACACAGAGGUGCAUGUUCACUUUGGAUGCACAGAAGCCUGUGCUGGGCUGGUUUUUAUAACAUGUGCAGACGGAGUUUGUUUGACUGACACAAAGCUAGCAGAGCCUUAUUUUUAAUGAGUCCUGCCAUUAAAAAUGACAGGUUUGAAGGCUCUGGAGGGGUGAUGGGAUGUCAGUUAUUCAGGAGACCAUUACCAGCACUUACUGCACAUUCAAGUGGCCGCAGCCCUUUUGACCAUUUUAUUCUUUUUUUUUUUUUUUUUUUUUUAUUAUUAUUAUUAUUUAGCUUCUUAUUUUAUUUUUUCUUGUGCUGUUAUGUGCAUUCAGAGAAAUCCUGGAAGAUAACUGGGCUCGAAUGGCCCCUAAAUGAACCCACAGAGCUGGCCUCUAAUGCACUCCAUCUGAGAAAGUUGGCCUUGGUGGCAUGCUUGCAGAACUGUAAAUAUACUGUCCAAUCAAGCCUGUUAUACAGAGGGAUGGGUAUGAAACCUCUGUGAUAGCCACUACUAAUUCCCUUGACAUGGACAGGGUCAUGAGUGUGUGUUAUUUUAGUACCAAAGCAGCAGACUGUGUCAAAUCUGCAUCCGCCUAAACACGGGCUCAGAGCCACAGGGAGACACACAUCACAAGUUUCAUUUCCACUUUGAUCGUUGGUUAGACUCGAUGCCGACUCGAGGGUUUCUGAUGUUGACUCUCAGGAUGUUCUGGAAAAUGAAACUUAACUUAAAUAGCUUAAGAAAAAGAGGUAGUAAGAUGGUUGUGGGCCUGAAGCCUUCCCUAAAAGACAUUCAGGGCUGGUUCAAUGUUUCUGGAGGAUUAACAUGAAGAGACAGGGUUUCCUCAUAGCAAGGUUGUAUAUUUAUUUUUUUUUAGGUUUGUUUUUUCUCAUUGAAAUGCUUUGACCACAGACUACUACCAGUACAUGCAGGACUGAAUGAGCUCACAGAGGGCUGGUCGCAUGCAGGAAUGUGACAAAUCUGAUUAGCAUCCUGAUGUGUUUCAGUAACUUGGAGACAAACACUGGAUGUGCGUUGCACUGGUAUAAAAUCAGUCCUGUAACAGAGAUAAGUAGAUGUGUUUGAGGCUAGAUGUACUAGCACUGACAGGAAGUUUGGACACUCCGGCUUUUAGUUUUCCAGCCAGCUGAUGUUGAUGAUGAUGAUGAUGAUGAUGAUGAUGUUGUCAGCCUGGGUGCGAUAGUAAUGGUGUUAUCAUUUACUUGCUUCUCUGUAGAUGUAGAGGCGAAACAACAAAAUGGCACUGAUGGCAUUAACCUGGCCAAAUUCUGUCAGUAUCGUUGGUGCAUGGCGAGAUUCACGCAGCGCCUGACUGUAUCAUGGACCUGAUAGAUAUUCAUGCUCAGUGUCGGCCAACUAUCUCCAUUUAGAUCUCAGCUACUGUGGCUGUGAUGUUUCUGGCUGGUAAACAAAGUCGUUCUUGUCAAGUCUGGAGAGCCAAACCUCCUAAUUAGCCAGGCAGGCAGGCCUGCUGCCCAGUCCAGCAAUACAACUAUGCAAGAGGAAUGCAUAUAAUCCACACUCACCCUCUUUUUCUUUUUUCUUUUCCUCCUAUUUUUAUAUUUGGUUUUUCUCACUGUCAUACAAUAGAAGCGAAGAUGUAAACUAAUAAGAACUUGCAAUGACAAUACUUGGCCUUAUGAUGAUUUCUGAAAUCUUAUCGUUUAGUUUUAAGAUCUUUUUGAUUCUGGUCAGCCAGCCCAGCGACAGCAGCGGUGACGGCGGGCUCACUCUUGGUCUCUGUGAGACUGGCUAGAUGGCCCCAGUUUUAUCGUGGUACGAAUGUUGUGCAUUUGUUUAAAAUCAGGACAGUUUGCAAUAACAGCAGUCUUACUAGUGGCCACAAAGGGGGCACAAGCAGUGCUGACGGCGCCCGGCUGCAUCUUUAGAAAAACCAUAGAGGAAGAAAUAUAAACUAUAUAGAUAUCUAAACUCACACAGUGCAUAUUUGUAUAGGUAUCAACACUGCAUUACCGUGGUAUACUCUUAUGCAACACAUGUCCGGGUUCAAUUUAUGAACAUGAAGUAUACUCUGAAGUCACGCAGACUUUGUAAAUCAGAAGCUCUGUUGUUGUGUGUUUUUUGCAGAAAUGGUUUUACCAUCGUUAAUGUUGAAUAUUCUGAGCGUAACGUUCCUGUGCGACUGUGUCGGUUAACGUGAGCACAUAGCACCAGGUUAUUACCUCCUUUCUGUAAGCAGGGAACCAGACUGAACCCAGAACACAGCUGGACAGACUUCAGGUACCACAGAGCAUAUUUCAGAAACAAAAACUUCCAAAUCUGUUCUGCACAGAGCUUUAAAAGCGAGUCAGUGCUGUAACUCACCUGAGCUAUGUCAAACAGACCAAGGUGUGAUUAAAAGAAUGGCUUGUGGAUUUUUAAGACCAAGCAAAACCGAGUUUUACCCUCAAUGUCUAUAAGAAAAGGCACAUAAAAGUGAUAUUUGAACUCAUCCCAGCUGUUUUUUGGAUUAGUCUGCAGGGAAAGAGUCCUCUGGAAGUAAGAGGACAGAUUUUAUCAUUGAACAGUGUUGAUCCAUGGCUCUGUGGUGAAGAAAAGGGAGGACAUGUUAUAAACCUCCAUGUAAAACCUCUGACCUGACAGAUGGCAUACACUUGAGGGGUCAACCUGACGAAUGUUGAUUUGAAUUAUUGUGGAAUGAAUGCUUCUCUUCUUUUAGUCAGUGAAUAAAAACAAUAAAAUGUCA